GUCACCGUCAAGACCCCCAAGGACAAGGAGGAGAUCGUGAUCUGCGAUCGAGCCUCGGUCAAGGAGUUCAAGGAGGAAAUCUCUCGGAGGUUUAAGGCUCAGCAGGAUCAGCUGGUCCUGAUCUUCGCAGGCAAGAUCCUCAAGGAUGGAGACACACUGAACCAGCAUGGGAUCAAGGAUGGGCUCACAGUCCAUUUAGUCAUCAAGACCCCUCAGAAGGCUCAAGAUCCAGUGGCCACGCCUGCUUCUCCACCAUCCCCUCCUGACUCUGCCUCUGCACCCUCUACCACACCUGCCUCCCCUGCUGCCCCUGCCCAGCCCUGCGGUUCUGGCAAUGCCACUUCAGAUUCUGGCAAUGGAGGAGGACCCUCAACAGUGGCUGCAGAGGGGCCCCCAAGCGCUACUGCAUCGAUUCUCUCUGGCUUUGGGGGCAUCCUUGGCCUAGGCAGUCUGGGCCUGGGUUCUGCCAACUUCAUGGAGCUACAGCAGCAGAUGCAGAGACAGCUCAUGUCCAACCCUGAGAUGCUGUCACAGAUCAUGGAGAACCCCUUGGUCCAGGAUAUGAUGUCAAACCCUGACCUGAUGCGUCACAUGAUCAUGGCUAACCCCCAGAUGCAACAGCUGAUGGAGAGGAAUCCUGAGAUCAGCCACAUGCUCAACAACCCUGAGCUCAUGAGACAGACAAUGGAGCUUGCUCGGAACCCAGCCAUGAUGCAAGAAAUGAUGAGGAACCAGGACCGGGCCCUCAGCAACUUGGAAAGCGUCCCUGGAGGGUAUAAUGCCCUCCGCCGCAUGUACACAGACAUCCAGGAGCCCAUGCUCACAGCUGCUCGGGAACAGUUUGGCAACAAUCCCUUCUCUUCCCUGGCCGGGAACUCCGACAGCACAUCUUCCCAGCCUCUUCGGACUGAGAAUCGAGAGCCCCUCCCUAACCCCUGGAGCCCCUCGCCCCCCACCUCCCAGGCCCCCGGGUCCGGUGGGGAGGGCACCGGAGGAUCGGGGACCAGCCAGGUGCACCCGACAGUCUCGAACCCCUUUGGGAUCAAUGCGGCUAGCCUGGGGUCAGGGAUGUUCAACAGCCCAGAAAUGCAGGCGCUCCUCCAGCAGAUUUCUGAAAACCCCCAGCUGAUGCAGAAUGUGAUCUCAGCCCCUUACAUGCGCAGCAUGAUGCAGACACUCGCCCAGAACCCUGACUUUGCUGCUCAGAUGAUGGUGAAUGUCCCACUGUUUGCGGGGAAUCCACAGCUUCAGGAGCAGCUCCGCCUGCAGCUCCCUGUGUUUCUGCAACAGAUGCAGAACCCAGAGUCUCUCUCCAUCCUCACCAAUCCCCGGGCCAUGCAGGCCUUGCUGCAGAUCCAGCAGGGACUGCAGACCCUGCAAACUGAAGCCCCUGGGCUGGUACCAAGCCUUGGCUCCUUUGGGACAUCCCGGACCCCUGUGCCCCUGGCAGGCAACUCUGGGUCUGCAGCCGAGGCCCCCACCCCCUCCCCAGGCCUAGCAGCCACGCCUCCUCCCACGGCGGGUUCCCAGCAGCAGCUCAUGCAGCAGAUGAUCCAGCUUCUGGCCGGAAGUGGAAAUUCACAGGUGCCGAUGCCAGAAGUGAGAUUUCAGCAGCAGCUGGAGCAGCUCAAUUCCAUGGGCUUUGUCAACCGUGAAGCUAACCUACAGGCCCUGAUCGCCACAGGCGGGGACAUCAAUGCGGCUAUUGAGAGACUCCUGGGGUCCCAGCUCUCCUGAUCCCUUGGCCCGUGCCUCCUGCCUUCCCCAGGUCUCAGUGCCAGCCUUCUGGCUCCUCUGUCAAACCCUACCUUCUGUAGCCUUCUUUGACCUCUACAAACAACAGGGUGAUUCUGGAGGCCUGGGCCCAGCCCCAUAGCUCUGUUCAAGGGUUUUGAUUUUGUUGCUUUCUUAUGAAAUCCUUUCUCCCGGGCCUCCGAGCAGAACUAUUUAGUUUGCACAGUUGGACAUUUGGCCCUAUCUCCUUGCCCACAGUACUUUGGCAAUGUGCAGUCUUCUCCCAGGGUCUGAGAGGAGGACCCCCUCUGGCUCCCCAGAGUCUUCCGUCGGCACCACUAGGCUUUAGCUUGCCUUACAUUUGCUCUUGCUCUCCUCCUUUCCUUCGCACCUCAGCCCAGCCAGUGUGUGGAUUUUACUCUCUGGAGAGGAGCUGACGAAACGCUGUAGUUUUCUUUCUCUACCCCUCUUGCAUAUUCACCCAGCAUUUUCUCAUGGGCUCCUUUGGGACUCUCAGGCAGGGAGAAAGAUUCCUGUCCUCUUGCCCAAAGGGAGCCAUGAGCCACCACUCUGGGCAGGACUGCCAGUAACAGACAAGACCAGCUGAGAGUUCCUGGAGACAGGGACUUGGGGAGACAGCCUGCGCUGAAGGCUGGGAAGUUUGAAUUGAGAGUUGGGGUCUAGAAACACCUAUAGAUUUCAGGUUGGAGAACCCAGACCCAGACCUGACAGGAGAAAGAGAGAGACUGAAGGAAUUUGAAUUGAAGAGCUCAAAGCUGAGCAGUGUGGCCCACAAGGAGCCAGGUUGGUUCUGUUGUCUCCGACAUAUGUGUUUCUGCACACACGUGUUUCCGUGUGCCCAGGACCUACCUACAUCUUCAGGCUCCAGUGCGUUUAGCCGCACUCCUAGAAGAUGUGGGGAUUGGAUCUUAUCUUUCUUAGCAGUAUGAAGAAUUUGUAUCUGUGCAUACAUGUGCAUUCACCCAAGUUGGGGAAGGUGUGUGUUCUUUGUUGGUUUCUGGUUCACAACUUUGUCAACAGAGAUGAGUGGGUACAAGAGCCAGCCUACUGGAGAGAUACAGCAUUGGGAGAGCUGAGUCUCCUGAGUUUCUGGGUGUUUCUCCUAAAGAUGAUGGCUCUGACUGAGACCCUUGCCACUAUGACUCUUUUGCGGAAAAAAAAAAAAAAAUGGUGAGGUUUCUCUUCCAGAGCUCGUGCUUUCCAAUUCCUUGCUGUUUUCCUCCAGGUCAGAAAGUUCUGUCUGAGAAAGGGAUGGGCAUGGUGAUGCCUUUAGUAUGGAAUUGGGGUUAGCUCAGCUCGAGUGCUGAGAAGGCUCUCGGCACAUUCUCUCCGCCUUGUGGUCUGGCUGAGAGGUAAAGAAGGAAAGGAAUCCUGCUCCAGUUGGGGAAGGGUCCCAAGCAGUUCAGACAUGCCUGCCCUUUUGCUCUCUUACUCCCAACACCUACCCUGACCUUUGUAAAUAAAUGAUUUUUGUUGUGAGCGUA